UUUAUACAAAAUAUACAUUAUGUGGUAGAUAGGAGGAGUACCUUCCUAGAUAGCAUUAGAGAGAGAGAGAGAGAGAGUAGUUUUUGGUUUUAACUCCUUGGCAAAAGGAAAGGAAAGGAAGAGAGAUUUUCUAGAGUGAGAAACACAUACAUCCAGACACAACAACAAGAACUCCACCACCCCCAUCCCCACCCUCUAUCAUUUUAAGACACAUUGUAAUAAGAGAAAACACAAACUCAAGACACCAAAAAAGAGAGUCUUUGCCCAAAUCAAAUCAAAUCCUUCUCUCUAUGUUUCUUGCUUUUCUAUCCAAACAACAACCCCUUAUCUAUCAAAACAAAAAAAGUUUUUUUUUUUUUUUUCAUCUGAAAAAUAAAGGGGCGAUCUAGGAACAAUCGGUUGCUUAUUUUUCAUAGCUCCGAUCGUUGUUGUUUUUGUUUGUAUCGAAGAUCGAUCUGAGAUUUGAAGGGAUAUUGGCGGAAUCAAGUGGAAUGUGAUUUGCAUGGGCUGAGGAUGCCAGAAUUGAGAAGUGGAGCCCGGAGAUCAAAGCGCCUUGAUGAUCUUCAGCCUCCCCAACAACCAAACAAUCAAGCAGAAAAUUUGACGGUGCCUGUUCAAAACAAGACCAGGAGGAGAGCUGGUGGUGGUAGAGGAAGGGGUGGGAAUGCUGCAGGUGUAGCAAAAGGGGCUUCGCCAACAACGAGGCCAACUGCUGCCGGUAGAGGCCGGGGUGUUAGGUUGAUAGAUUUAGACCCAGAACCUUGUCAGGUUGAACCUGCAGCUGUUGGAGCUGCUGAACUAGGUUAUAAUAGAUUAGAGGUGGUGGCAGAUAAAGAUAUCGCGAUGGAGGGUGGAAGUGCAGAAAAGGUAGUGGCAGUCGAAGAAGAAGGAAGCACUACUCCAGUUCCUGAGAGGGUGCAAGUGGGUAGUUCUCCUGUGUACAAAGUAGAAAGGAAGUUGGGUAAGGGUGGUUUUGGCCAAGUUUAUGUUGGCAGAAGAGUUAGUGGAGGCAGUGAUAGAACUGGACCAGAUGCAAUUGAGGUGGCACUAAAGUUUGAGCACAGAAAUAGUAAAGGUUGCAAUUAUGGCCCUCCUUAUGAGUGGCAAGUGUACAACACCUUAAAUGGAUGUUAUGGAAUUCCUUGGGUACAUUACAAGGGUCGUCAAGGAGACUUCUAUAUUCUGGUAAUGGACAUGCUUGGUCCCAGUCUUUGGGAUGUUUGGAAUUCCCUUGGCCAAUCGAUGUCACCAAAUAUGGCAGCCUGCAUUGCUGUGGAGGCUAUAUCAAUUCUUGAAAAGCUUCACAUGAAGGGGUUUGUGCAUGGAGAUGUCAAACCCGAAAACUUUUUACUUGGUCAACCUGGAACCGCAGAAGAGAAAAAGCUAUAUCUUAUUGAUCUUGGUUUGGCUUCUAGAUGGAAAGAUGCUUCCUCUGGUCAGCAUGUUGAUUAUGAUCAGAGGCCUGAUGUAUUCAGGGGAACGAUAAGGUAUGCAAGUGUACAUGCACAUUUAGGUCGGACUGGAAGUCGGAGGGAUGAUCUUGAGUCAUUAGCAUAUACAUUAAUAUUUCUUAUAAAAGGAAGGUUGCCAUGGCAGGGUUAUCAGGGAGAUAACAAGAGCUUUCUUGUUUGUAAGAAAAAGAUGGGUACAUCUCCAGAGCUGAUGUGUUGUUUUUGUCCUGCCCCAUUCAAACAAUUGCUUGAAGCUGUUACAAAUAUGAAGUUUGAUGAGGAGCCCAAUUAUUCCAAGCUGAUAUCUUUCUUUGAAAGUCUUAUUGAGCCAUGCACUCCACUAAGGCCAAUUAGAAUUGACGGAGCUCUUAAGGUUGGACAGGUUGGACAAAAACGCGGAAGAUUGCUUAUAAACUUGGAAGAGGAUGAGCAACCAAAAAAGAAAGUACGAUUAGGGAGUCCUGCUACACAGUGGAUUUCUGUUUACAAUGCACGCCGACCUAUGAAGCAGAGAUACCACUACAAUGUAGCUGAUUCAAGGCUGCGCCAGCAUGUAGAAAAGGGUAAUGAAGAUGGAUUAUAUAUCAGCUGUGUUGCCUCUUCAACUAAUCUCUGGGCCUUAAUCAUGGAUGCUGGAACGGGCUUCACAUCUCAGGUUUAUGAAUUGUCAACUGUCUUCCUGCACAAGGAUUGGAUUAUGGAACAGUGGGAAAAAAAUUACUAUAUCAGUUCAAUAGCUGGUGCAAGUAAUGGAAGUUCGUUGGUUGUUAUGUCCAAAGGAACUCCUUACACCCAGCAGUCUUACAAAGUGAGUGAAUCUUUUCCUUUCAAGUGGAUAAAUAAAAAGUGGAAAGAAGGUUUUCAUGUCACAUCCAUGACAACUGCUGGCAGUCGCUGGGGUGUGGUUAUGUCCAGGAAUGCUGGAUAUUCUGAUCAGGUUGUGGAGCUUGACUUUUUGUAUCCAAGCGAAGGGAUCCAUCGGCGAUGGGAGAGUGGUUUCAGGAUAACAUCUAUGGCUGCCACUGCUGAUCAAGCAGCCUUCAUAUUGAGCAUACCAAAACGAAAAAUGGUGGAUGAAACUCAGGAAACCCUGCGCACCUCUGCCUUCCCAAGCACCCAUGUUAAGGAAAAAUGGUCCAAAAAUCUCUACAUUGCUUCAAUCUGCUACGGGCGCACUGUUUGCUAGAUUUUGGUGUACAUGCUGGCCUCUUCAAAAGAAUCUGAUGGUUUCAAAUUUUGAAGCUGAUGCUAUUUUCAAUAUGAUUCUCAGAACGGGGUGGUUAGCUUUUCAUCCGCAUGUUAAAGAAAAACCAGGCUUCUGGUACAGGAUCUUUCUCAUAUAUGACUGUAAAAAAAGAAAAGAAAAAAAAAGAGAGAAAGAAAUAAAAAAAAAAAUGAAUUGAGAGUUUGAGGACAGGUUCCCCGACCAUGAGCUGAAGUAUGAGCCGGUGGGGCAACAGUUGAAAACAUUUAUAUAAUGUUAUUGGCUAUUGCAGCCUUGUUGUGCUUUA